AUGGCCAGCUCUUCCAGGGAAAACUCUCCCACCAAAUCCAACAGCCCUAAGGGCAAUGCUAAUGAAGAUGCUGUUCCUGUUCCUCCUGUUUCUGCUACCUUUCCUGUUCCUGCUGUUCCUGUUGCUACCUUUCCUGCUCCUGGCCCUGCUCGUGCCCUUCAGUUUGGAGAAGGAUCCUCUUCUGCGCCUCCUCUUCAGCAAUUAGUUGAAGGGAUUUCUUCUCCUUCGUCAUCUUCUUCUUCAUCCCCUGGCAAUACUCCGCCGCGUAGGAUUGUUGAGAUUGUGCUUGGAAGCAGUCAUGGCGGUGGUAAGUCUGGAGAGGGUUCUCCAAAAAAGAAGAAAGCUUUACCAUCAUCAGGGAAAAAGGAUGGUGAAAGUAAUCCAGGGGUAGAGAAGAAGAGGAAGAAAGCAGAAAUGGAUGCUCCAAAGUCAGAUCCAAUUUGUUCUUUAUGUGGGAAAAGAUUUGGUUCUUGGAAAGGUGUGUUUGGACAUCUUCGCGCUCAUCCUGAGCGUGACUGGCGUGGUGCCUUUCCACCACCAAAGGGAGAGGCUGCAUCUUGGUCUCCAAUCAAGACUGGUGGCCCUGAUGAUAACCAGGCUAUGCAAGUUGAAUUGCUGGCUCCAACUUUACUGGGUUUGGCUCGCGAAACCCUGUCAAAGAUGCGUCAGGAAUCCACUAGGGUUGGAAACAUAGAUUUGAACAAGGAACCCGAGUCAUCUUCUUCUCCCUCUCCUCCUCCUCCUCCACAGGGUGGUGCUAGCGCUGGCUUGGAUUUGAACAAGUCUCCUCCACCGGAAAGCGAUCAGGAUGGAAUCAAUGGUAAGGAGGAGUAA